AUGAGUGAAGCCGCAUCAACAUUGUCGCCAGCGGCUGCGUCUGCGCUUGCCACUGCCGCCGCCAUCGAGGCUGAGGCUGCUUCCAUCGACGCUGCUACUGCUACUACUGUUGCUGCUGCUUCUGUUGAUACCACCACCGGAGCGACUGCUGGUGGAGCGUCGGCUGCUGCGCCUGAGAUGGCCUCGCCAGUCACCAUUGCCGCCGCCGCUGUUGCCGCUGCCCAGGUCGAGAUCGACCUCAGCGCAGCAUCGGCAAAGGCAGCUGCUGACUAUGCGCAGUUCCUCCGGUUUGAAAACCUCGGCGAAAUUACCGCGGUUGCAACGAACGUCGACGACAUGCUCAAGAAGCUGGACGAAAUGCGCUCCUUGUCCGAAACGCUGCAUCGCGACUCGCUCGUCACCAUUCAGACACAUCUGCCGUACUUGAUGAAGAACACGGCAAAGUUGCAAGGACUAUUCGCCUACAUUGAACAAGUCGAGAAAUACAUCAACCACAUCAAAGGAUUUGUCAGCAGGCUGGAAGAGCGAUUGGAUCAAGCAGAGAAGGACUUUCAAUCACGGUCCAUCAAGAAGGUCUUUGACGGCUUCAAGCUCCCCUCGCUUUUUGGCAAAAAAUCCAUGGAGGUGCCAGUGGCCGCGCCGCCCGGCCGGUUCCAUCCCGUCGAGGUGUUUGCCACGGAGGACUACUUUCCCGCGCGAGAGUCCGACGUUGUCGCUGAAAGCGAUUUGGCAGCUGCUGCUGCAGUCCAAUCUUUUAUCUCUCCUUCUGAAUCACACUGCUGCUCCAAUGCCAAACCAGCUGAAGCGCUCAAUGAAGCCGCUCGGGCAGCUCGUCCUCUCGCUCGUCCGCCGCGCAACCACGCCGCUCACCAGCGUCCAGCUCUUCGCCGUGAGUCCUUUAUCGCCCCCCCCUUUGUGAUUCUGGUCGGCGAGGACAACAUCAUCUCUGCGUCAAAGCUCAAGAACGACGUCCUGCGCAAGCUGGUCCAGGAGCGCAUGCUCGUCGUUCGCCCAGUGUUCUCGGCAAAGCAGCUGGGACGACAGCCCAAGGACGUCCACCGGCAGAAGGGCAUCACGUACGGCUAUGCGCUCAAUCCGACGUACGCAAUGCGCGGCGACGUUGCCAAGCACGGAUUGCUGCGCGCGGCCACUGCGGCCAACAAGGUCGCCGCAGAGCGCUACCGCAACGUUCUCCGCAAUGCUGCAGUGCUGCACAAGGUCGCGCGCAAGGCGCUGCCGCUCACGUUCGGCGCAUCGCAGAUGCAGCCGUUUGUUGCGCACCGCCUCUCGCGAAUCGGCUACGUGUCGCCGUUCAAGGACGCCAAAGAAGAGCGCCGUAUUGCUGACAAGCUGCACAAUGCGCUCGUCAAGAAUCCCGUGCGUGCAAAGGACUUGCUAGACAGCGCGCACGUCGAAUACGUCAAGGCUGUGAAAACCCGCAUGCGCAGCAACCUGAAAGCCGAGACCUAUCUUGCGCUGCAGCCGUCCAACCUCAUGCUCCCAACAGAGCAAGCCGUGUUUGCCGUCAAGCCUGUGGACAAGGCCGCCAACCGCUUUGCGCUGCGCGAGUUUGCCUCGCUGCAGGAGGCUGUCAUGCUCGACCAGACCGAGCUCAAGCGCGUCGCCAAGGCGCCCGUCGUCCCCGCCAAGGACAAGUUUAUCGCGCAGCAACGAAGCGAACUGUUGCCCGAGUUCCAGCAACGUUUCACGCAAUCCCUGGAGGAUCAGCGACGCAACGGAACAGCAGAGACAAUGGAGCGCGUUCGCGGCUUGGUCAGCGAGUUGCACGAGCACGAUCGCAUCCCGCGCACGGGUCCUGCCGCUCUCCUGCAUCAACGGCUCGAGGCAGCCGUCCAAGGUCGCUCCGCACCCCGCUUUGUCGCCCAGCCAAUUCGACACAGCGCAUAUCUGAGCAUGCGCCAGCAGACCCAUGCCCAGCAGCUCGAGUUGGUCAACACGGCACGUUCGCACAAACCCGACUCUACCACAGCAUUUGCCUCCCCAGCAACACGGCGAUCCGAAGCAGCGGCGGCAGCAGCUCCCGCAACAGCAGCAACAGCAGAAGGCCGAACAAAACAACCUCGCGCCUCGCCAUACGAUACCACCGAGGCCUCCGCUCUUCUCGACUUUGUUUUUCCCAAGGCUUCGACAGCUGCACGAUAA